AUGUUUGUUGUUUUAGAUACUUACCGCCCUUACUUCACACUGUCCCAAAAAGGUAAGCGUCUCCUGAUCUUCAAGGGGUUCAGCCACUUCGAGAAGAAGAGGCAAGGCGCCAAAGGAUGGUGGAGCUGCUCUAAACAGCAGACUCUGAAGUGCCGCGCGUCGCUCCGCACAGCUGACAAUAAGGUUGUUUAUGUCAACGAUAUACACAACCAUGAGCCUAAUUUUCCAUUAUUUCCCGAUGAUUGGUGUUACUUCACAAGGUCUCGCAAGGGCAAUCGUCUACUGGUCUACAACGGGUUCAGCCACUACGAGAAAAGAAAGCAAGGACAUAAAAUAAGUUGGCGUUGCUCAACACAGCAGAUGUGCCACGCCUCCCUUUUUCAUUUCGUGAGAUCAAAGCGAGGCAAGCCCCUCCUCGUGUAUAACGGGUUCACUUUCUACCAGAAAUCGUGUCGCAACAACAGAAUCCGUUGGGUGUGUUCCAGCCAGCAGAGCAUGCGGUGCAACGCGGCGGUUUCCACGAGCGGCGCCGUGCAGCAGGAGAUCCUCGCGGUGAGCGGCGUUCACAACCACGAGCCGCCGCCACACACUGUAGCACGAUUCAUCACUUCUAAAAGAGGGAAGCUGCUUCUAGUCCACGACGGGUUCACCUACUACGAGAAGUCGAAAGGCCGCGGCAAGAUCCGCUGGUGCUGCUCCACACACGAGCCGCUGGGGUGCCGAGCGGCAGCCUACACCGUCGACCACACGGUGGUGUGGGUGAAGAGCACACACAAUCACCAAAGACAGCGAGAGCUCAACACUAAAUUUUCGACUAUGAACGGCGUUCGUGUCCUGGUUCACGAGAGGUUCACGUACCGCGCGAAGUCGGUCCGCCGGCGGCAAGCUGCGCUGGUGCUGCUCCGGCGGCGGCGGCAAGUGUCGCGCGCUCGUCUACACCUUCCACGACGCGAUCUUGAAUUCACCAUAUCCAGAAGAGGCAAGCGUCUGAUGGUAUACGAUGGUUUCACGUACUACAUGCGAGCGGUGAGCGGCGCGAAGCUGCGCUGGUGCUGUUCCACACACGGCCGCCGCGGCUGCCGCGCCGAGAUAUACACCUUGAACACUGGCUGCCUGGACAUAGUUAUGAUUCUAAGUAAAUAUAUGCUUUCAGCCCAGUUUACUGUAUCGAAAAAAGGCAAGCGGUUGCUUAUGCCCUACUUCACGAAAUCAUUAAAAGGCAAACGCCUCCUCGUGCAAGACGGGUUCACGUACUACGCGAAGUCGGGGUCCGGGGGCAAGAUGAGCUCAAUAUACCAAGUCGAAGCGAGGCAAUCCUUUACUAUUACACAACGGGUUCACUUACUACCCGAAAACGGCUCUCAGCGGCAAGACGCGCUGGUGCUGUUCCAAGCACUGGUCCCGCGGAUGCCGGGCCAUCCUGUAUUCACGACGUCACGACGAGGCAGGCGCCUGCUGAGAUACAAGGGAUACACUUACUUCGCCAAGGCCGCGUUAACGACAUACCACAACCAGGUGCGAUGGUGCUGCUCAACACACGGUUCCAUCGGCUCUGUAUUCACAACGUCGCGUCGAGGCAGGCGCCUGCUGACAUACAAGGGUUAUACUUAUUAUGUCAAGGCCGAGUUAACGACACACCACAACCACGUGCGAUGGUGCUGCUCAACGCACGGCUCCAUGGGCUCAUAUUUUAUUCCAUCGGCGCGAGGAAAGACUUUGAUAAAAUUAGACGGCUACACAUUCUGCCGAGACAAGGCGAGCAGCGGAGGCAUCAAGGUCCGGUGGAGGUGCUCCACACACAACAUUGGGUGCUGCGCAUACGUCGUCACCGUUGGGGAAGAUAUUGUCUAUAAAUCUGCUAAUCAUAAUCAUCCUCCUCGAUUUUUAUAA